GCGAGGUCACGUGACGCAACUGCCGGCGGAGAGGAGAAAAGGGCGGGGCUCCUGUCGGGAGGGCGGGGGUGACCCUCCUCCUUGGGUCACGUGCGGCAGGAAGUGGCGCGGGCCGCGGAGUUUUCGAGAUGGGGACCUCCCUGGACAUUAAGAUUAAAAGAGCGAAUAAGGUUUAUCACUCCGGGGAAAUGCUCUCAGGAGUGGUGGUCAUCUCUGGAAAGGAUUCGACCCAGCACCAGGGCGUCACUUUGACAGUGGAGGGAACCGUGAACCUCCAGCUCAGUGCCAAGAGCGUGGGUGUGUUCGAAGCUUUCUAUAACUCAGUUAAGCCUAUCCAGAUUAUCAAUAGCACCAGCGAAAUGGUGAAGCCAGGAAAAUUCCCCAGUGGCAAAACAGAAAUUCCUUUUGAAUUUCCUCUGCACGUGAAGGGUAACAAAGUUCUGUACGAGACAUACCAUGGCGUGUUUGUCAACAUUCAGUACACCCUGCGCUGUGACAUGAAACGGUCUCUGUUGGCCAAGGACUUAACAAAGACCUGCGAAUUCAUCGUUCACUCUGCCCCUCAGAAGGGGAAACUGACUCCGAGUCCCGUGGACUUCACUAUUACACCUGAAACCUUGCAGAAUGUCAAAGAGAGAGUCUUGCUCCCCAAAUUUCUCAUUAGAGGACAUCUCAACUCGACCAACUGUGUUAUCACACAGCCACUAACGGGAGAGCUGGUGGUGGAGAGCUCGGAGGCCGCCAUCAAAAGCAUAGAGCUGCAGCUGGUCCGCGUGGAGACCUGUGGGUGUGCAGAAGGGUAUGCCCGCGAUGCCACAGAGAUUCAGAAUAUUCAGAUCGCCGAUGGGGAUGUUUGUCGGAGCCUCUCGGUGCCCAUAUACAUGGUCUUCCCCCGGCUGUUCACCUGCCCUACGCUGGAGACCACCAACUUCAAAGUGGAAUUUGAGGUUAAUAUCGUUGUGCUCCUCCAUGGCGACCACCUCAUCACGGAGAACUUCCCGCUGAAGCUCUGCAGGAUGUAGCCGGCAGGAGGGAGCAUAGACCCACGGGCGCCGGGUGGAGACGCAGCCGGGACUACCUCCACGGAGCAGGAGCAGAAGCACAGACGGUUUUCUUAAUGCCUGUGUCAGAGAAUGGAUCACUGCUUCCUCAUUUCCUUGAGGCUUCUGCUCCCAGUGGGCACCUCUAGUCAGACCUUUCCUUUGAAAUUCAUCAGGAUUUUUAAUGUUAUUGGCAAGAUCACUUCCCAAAAGACAGAAUCCCCUAUGAUUCCUGACUUGCCUGCUGCUUUGUAGGGGCAGCAGACAGUUGUAAUGGCAGUUUGAGCUUUGCUGGAAAGUGGGGUCCUGGGGACACAGGAAGCCCUCCUUGCUUGGCUAAUGGAUGUGGCCGGGCCCCCCGCCAGGAGAGUGACUGCCGGACGGCGACAGGCGUGGGCCACAGGCGUGCUCCUUGGUUAUGCAGACGUUUGCAGACACCCUCCAAGGAGGAGUGCAAAGCAGUCUCCACUGGAAACAUGUAGCAUUUUUUUCCAGUCUGUUCUGUAGUUCUUUACCAACAUUUUGCACGAUAACUUUACAACUUGUAGGGAACUGGAAAAGUGUUCCUUGCUCCCAUAGGAGGGGACUUAGUGACAACGGCUGGUGCGGGAGUGUUUCUGAAGUCUCACGCUGUGGUGUAAAGUCGCCUGCUGCCGUGUUCCCAGAAUACAUGAAAAUGCAUGCCUGGGUGGGUUCAGAGUGGCAAGAGGCCUGUGCCUGGGCAGUAGGUGAAGACCUGGUGGUGCCGGGACAGUGCCCUGGGCUGAGUGAAGCUCGCCUCCCUCCGACCCACCUGAGGGCCCUGUGUUCAAGCCAGAGGUUCUGGGCCUGAAGCCGUUUUGUCUUUGGUCCCCCUUUGUGGUUCGUGGUGAGCCUGUUACAACCCAUUUCUUCUCCCAAUCCUCCCAAUUGUCUCUGUCGGUCCACAAUUAAAAGGCCUCAGAAAUAAGUCCUGUGUUUGCACGCCACCUGGUUUUCCCUGCCUGGGCAGGCUCCAGCAAGGCGGGCUCAGGCUGACAGCCCCGGCUGUGCCACCAUCGUCCCAGGUCAGCAUCUGGUGACGUGUGAGGCUGAGGGCAAGUGACCCUGUCUGUUCACCAGGGAAAGUGGCACAACUUCUGAGUCAUUUAAAGCGUGGUUCCCACAGAAUCCAUUUCUGGUUUAUGAACCUCCUUUUAUGCUCACAUGAAAUAAAUAAUGGCGUGUCUUUGAUGAUGUGCUUAAAGCAGCAGCCACAGAGGUCAUACUUUCUGGGAAGUUUCAAAGGUAGAAAUCACUUUUAAUAUAAAAGCUCAGUGAGAAUUUUGAGAAAUGGUUUGGGAUGUGUACUGCUCCGUAAUUUCUUUAGUAAACCCAUUUUAUAGAUAUAAAUAUGAUGUGAGUACUCGCCAUAGGGAGUGAUUAUUACCUGAAGAGCUACCAACAGCCCAGCGGCCGUUAUCAUUUCCUUCAACCCCAAGGGGCUCAGGCAAGAGCCUCAGGCUGGCUGUUCCCUUCCGCUUCUUGGCCAGACACCUCCAGUGUUGGUUGUUAAGGGAAACUCAGAUGUGUGGGUGUCCUGGACAGCAGUUGUCCCGCUGCUGCCGCGGCUGGCUGGAGCUGGGGGUGUCCGCUGUCGGAGGCUCAGCAUUGUCAGAUUCUCCCAUUAGAGCAAAUGGAGGUGGAGGAAAGAGUCUGAACCAUGAAUCUAAAACAUGUUAUUUUGGAAAUGCCCAUUUAGGCAGGAACACAUUUUGCCUAUCACAGGUGCAGCAGAAAUGGGGCUCAGCUCUAGUUCUCAGCUGUGGUGUGAGUUCCAGAGUAAAGGUGAAGAAGGAAGUCAAAAAUAAAUGUUGAAAAAAGUGAAA